AUGUACGAACUCAUGCAGACAUAUUGUGACUGUAACGUAACAGGGACAGUAAAUGAUAGCAAGGACUGUGAAAAGAUUGGUGGGCAGUGUUUAUGUGCAUUUAAUGUCAUCACUCGAACAUGUUCAGUGUGCGAUUACACAUAUUUUGGAUUUGAUGGUGAUGGUUGUGAAGCUUGCGUGUGUGAUGUGAUUGGAUCCAAGUCAGUUCAAUGCAAUGGGUCUGGAUACUGUGACUGCAAGGGCAAUGCAGCUGGACAAAAAUGUGAUGUAUGUAAACCAUCAUAUUUUAAGUUUAAUGUGGAGAACCCUGAUGUCUGUCAAGCUUGUUUGUGCAAUGAAUCUGGCUCUGAUCCAUCAGUUGGGGGGAGUUGCAAUGGUACAACAGGACAGUGCAUGUGUAAAGAGAACGUGGAGGGUGUGAAAUGUACGAGUUGUAAGACAUCAUUUUUCAAUCUGCAAUUAUUUAAUCCUACCGGCUGUGAAGCUUGCAAUUGCAAUUCCAAUGGAUCCACAGCCUUGUCAAAAGGGUCAUGUAAUGAUACUGGUCAGUGUAUUUGCAAAGAAGGUGUGGCUGGUCUGAAGUGUUCUGUUUGUGAGGAUGCAUCUUAUCCGAUGUCUUCUGGUGAUGCUGGCAGUUGUCAUCCAUGUGGUUGUUCACUGUCAUCUUCAGAUUCACAGACAUGUGAUAAGUCUUCAGGCCAGUGUGUUUGUAAAUCUGGCCUGACUGGACGUACUUGUGACAUCAUUGAAGAUUUUCACUGGUUGCCAUUUUUGGAGGGUCUCAUUUAUGAAGCAGAAUUUGCUAAUCUGAGUGCAGGAGCAGUGGUUGAGAAACGAAUUAGUGAUCCCAACAACUUUACUGGAAUAGGUGGAGUAAGGUUGAUGAAUGGUAGUCAAGUCACAUUUAAGGUAGCUGUACCACAGAGAACUAUUCAAUAUGAUCUGGUAAUUCGCUAUGAGGCUUCCUAUUAUGGUUUGGCUGACAUACGGAUUUUUGUUCAUCAAUUUGUUGAUGGUCGAGGUGCGACGUUAUCACUUUCCUAUUAUUUGGUUCCAGAGGAGAAUGUGUUGGUUGUACCACUGGGGACACAGUUUGCCAGAUCUGAGUUAGAUGUGAACAUCACUGCGUACACUCAUUACUUUCCUAGUGAAGCAGUCUUUGUUGACUCGGUUUUGUUGAUGCCAGAAGUGCAGGAUCUUCUAGAAUUUCAAGCAUUAGAGCCUAUGGACCAAACUGUUUUUCUGGACACUUGCUACAACGUUAGGAGAAGCGUGUUAACAUCAUUUAGUUUUGCAAUUGAUGAGCAAUGUAGAAAACAGACAAUUCUUGUCAAUGCUGCCCUCUUUAAUGGAUCACUCGAUUGUGACUGUAAUGGAGUGGGUACAGUGAAUUAUAGCAGAACGUGUGAGAAACUUGGUGGUCAGUGUUCGUGUGUUCCUAAUGUCAUCACUCAGACAUGUUCGAUGUGUGAAUACAUGUACUUUGGAUUUGACAAUGAUGGCUGUGAAGCUUGUAGUUGUGAUGUCAUUGGGUCAAAGUCAGUUCAAUGCAAUGAAACUGGUUAUUGUGACUGCAAGGGCAAUGCAGAAGGACAGAAAUGUGAUAUGUGCAAAUCAUCUUUUUUCAACUUUAGUAGUGAGAAUCCCGAUGUCUGUCAAGCUUGUUUGUGCAAUGUUGCUGGCUCUAAUCUGUUAGCCAGUGGGAAAUGCAAUGCUACAACAGGACAGUGUGUGUGUAAAGAAAAUGUAGAGGGUUUAAAAUGUGCAACUUGCAAGACAAAGUACUUCAGUUUGCAGUUAAACAAUUCUGAAGGCUGUGAAGCUUGCGAUUGCCAUUCCAUCGGAUCUGUCAAUAUGUCUUGUGAUGAUGUGGGUCAGUGUUCAUGCAAGAACAAUGCGAUUGGAUUGAAGUGUGAUGCAUGUGAGGAUGGAUUCUUUAUGGUGGUUUCUGAUGAUGAUAGUGGAUGUCAUCCUUGUGGCUGUUCAUUGUCCACUGCAGUUUCACUGUUGUGCAACAAUACAUCAGGACAGUGUCCUUGUAAAUCUCAUUUAAUUGGUCGUAUUUGUGACGUCAUUGAAGAUUUCUAUUGGUUGCCUUACUUUGAGGGUGUCAUAUAUGAAGCAGAGUUUGCUAGUCUCAGUGGAGGAGCUAUGGUUGAGAGACGAGUCAGUGACCUUACCAAGUUUACUGGGACUGGUGGAGUGAGAAUGAGUGGCGAUGGUAAUCGCAUUACGUUUCGAGUAAUUGUACCACAGAUAUCUAUUCGAUAUAGACUGAUUGUUCGUUACGAGGCAUUAAGUUCAUUUGAUAAUGUCCAGUUGACAGCAGUGAGGUCAGGUGAUUGGGCAAGUGUAAUUACUGAUGAUGGUCGUCUACCAUCUGCACCUGGAUUUGCUAAUCCUUACAUUAGAUUGUUAAUGGAAAAUCAAAUUGCUGGCUCUGAACUUAUUGUUAACUUCACUUACAUCCGUGAUGCUAGAGCUGGAAAUUCCGCUGAUGGAUUUUUUGUUGAUUCGGUUCUACUUAUGCCACUACACACUAAUCUACCUGAGUUUAAUGCAUUGUCUCUUGGCGAUCAAUUACAGUUUCCUUUGACUUGCUACAAUGUGAGGGAAUCUGUACCACAAGCAUCUUCAACUUCUCUUAGUGAGGCUUGUAGAAAUCACACUAUUCUCAUCAAUGCUGCUCUUUUCAAUGGAGCACUGAGUGCGAAGGAACUUUCUGUAAGUUGUAAUGUGGAAACAAGUUCUAGUCAAGUAUGUGAGAAAUUGGGUGGCCAGUGCGCUUGUGCUCCCAAUGUUGUUACUCGAAAAUGCGCUACUUGUAAUUACACUUUUUUUGGAUUUAGCACUGCUGGUUGUCAAGCUUGUAAUUGUCAUCCUGUGGGUUCCCUGUCAACUUUGUGCAAUGAGACUGGAUACUGUGACUGCAAAGGGAAUGCUGGUGGUCAGAGAUGUGAUAGUUGCAAGCCAUCAUUUUAUAAUUUCAGCAGCAGUAACCCUGACGUCUGUGAAGAGGUGUUUUGCCCAGUUUUGCUGACUCCGAACAACGGUAUGCAGAAUACAACUAACACUGCUAGUGGUACUGCUGUAGGAUUUCGUUGCAAUGAAUGCUAUGAAUUGGAGGGACAGCGUGAGCUUUCUUGUUUGCCAAAUCAAAGUUGGACGGGUGAAGCACCAACUUGCAAAGUAAAAUACUGUCCAGCACUUAGGACACCAGUACAUGGCAAGAAGGAUUCAAACGACAUGUCUUGUGGUACUACAGUAGAGUUUAGAUGUGAUGAUUGUUAUGAGGUGGACGGUGACAAUCAUGUGACUUGCUUAUCUAAUCGAACAUGGAAUGGGACAGAACCCAGUUGCAAGAUAAAAUUCUGUUCAGCUCUUGUGACACCGACCGAUGGACAAAAGAACUCAAACAAUCGCUCGUGUAAUACAACUGUAUCUUUUAAUUGUUCAGAUUGUUACAAAUUAGAGGGAUAUGACCAACUUUCAUGUCUUCCAAAUAAUUUGUGGAGCAGUCAAGAACCUGUUUGCACGUGUAAGUUUGUGUACAUUAUUGAAGGAAUAAUUUCAGUAAAGAAUUGUUCGGUUCUUUCUACACCAUCUAAUGGCUUGAAGAACACAAAUAGCAGUUCAUGUGGUACAGUUGUGGACUUUAGUUGUAAUGAGUGUUAUGAGUUGGAAGGUACUGAACAGCUUUCUUGUUUGUCAAACACUUCAUGGAGUCAUGAGGAACCAAGGUGUAAUUUAAAAAAUUGUUCAUUUCUGGUUACACCAUCUAACGGGUCAAAGAGCACAAAUAACUCGACAUGUGGUACAGUUGUAGACUUUAGUUGCGAUGAUUGUUAUGACUUGGAAGGUGAUUCACAACUUACUUGUUUACCAAACAAUUUAUGGAGUGAUGAAGAACCCAACUGUGCAUUAAAAUCAUGCCGUGCACUUACUGAACCCACGAAUGGGAAGAAGGAGUCUAACUUUAUUUUCUGUGGUAUAACAGUAGACUUUACAUGUGAUGAAUGUUACUCAUUGGAAGGUCACUACAAUCUUUCCUGUUUGCCAAACAAUUCAUGGAGUGGUGAAGAACCUAACUGCACUCUAAAAUCAUGUCCAAUUCUUGUAACUCCUAUCAAUGGCGAAACGAAUUCGAGUGACACGUCAUGUGGUACUAGUGUGGAGUUCAGUUGUCAUGAGUGCUACAUGCUGGAAGGACACAACCAGCUGUCUUGCCUGCCCAAUAAAACUUGGGACAGUGCAGAACCUAAUUGCACAUUGAAGUCUUGCACUGAGCUUGUUACUCCAUCUAAUGGACAAAAGGACUCUAGCGACACCUCAUGUGGUACUACUGUAAUGUUUAGCUGCCGUGAAUGUUAUGACUUGGUCGGAUACAAUCAGUCGUCUUGUUUGCCGAAUCAAACAUGGAGCAGUGAAGCACCAAAUUGCUCUCUGAAGUUUUGUCCUGCACUUGUGGCACCUGCUAAUGGAAGCAAAAAUUCAAGUGACACAUCAUGUGGCAGUUCUGUAGAAUUUAGCUGUGAUGAGUGUUAUGAGCUGGAGGGCCACCGCGUGCUAACUUGUCUUGUUGACAAUACAUGGAGCAGUAAAGAACCUAACUGCACACUGAAAUCAUGUCCGGCUCUUAAAAUACCUAUUAAUGGCGAAAAAGACUCAAAUGACACAGUGUGUGGUGCUGUAGUUGGAUUUCGUUGUAAUGAAUGUCAUGAGAUUCAAGGAUACAACCAACUGUCUUGCUUGCCUAAUAGAACAUGGAGUGGAGAGGAACCCAAUUGCACAUAUGUUCAUUGUCUUGCUCUUGAAGUACCUAGUAAUGGAUCAAUAUUACAUCUAACUGAUAGCUAUCGUUGUGGAUCUACUGUUUGGUAUGAUUGUGAAAAUGGAUUUGGGUUGCUGGGGACAGCAUAUCGUGAUUGUGUUACGUCAGGACAAUGGCGUGGGAUUGCACCAUUGUGCCAACAUGUCUCAGAAUUAAGUAUAGAGUUGUUAGAGGCAUUGAGCUAUAUGCCUGUCAUGCCAGCGGUGGUGACUAUUCGAGUUGUAGACAGUGAGGCUGUUACUUUGUAUCAACGCAUCAGUGCUACAGAAAAUACUAUGCUGAUCGUUGUUCCACCUAAUACAUACUUGCUUAUUAGUGUAGAAGCGGAUGGAUAUCUGCCCAGUAGUGCUUCAUAUUAUACUCAUCAUCUAUCUGUGAACAAUUUACCAAUUUAUAUGCAACAACGACAGGCAGACACUGUAUCUAUUGGUGUCGUGUCUAAUUCUGACAUCAAUGUCACAUUUCCUGAUUUUGGUUUCCGUUUCAUAAGACUCUAUGUUCCCGUUGGUUCUUUGGAUGUAGAUGUUGGAAGUCAGCUGAAUUUUACAAUCACUUCUGUCAACCUCACAGCUUCUUUGCAUGGUGUACCACACUUGAUUGGUGUUACUGACAAGAAUCAGUUGUCUCGGGUGAACCUGGAUGCUUAUGUGGCAGUUCAUGUGACUGCUGGAACUACUCUUACUUCACUAAGCACCGAUUUGUUGAGCUCAGUGUGGUUGUACGUUCCAUUUGUGGUUGAUCAAUUUAGUGAUCAGCUUGCUGUCUGGUUUUACAACGAGAGUUCUGGAAUAUGGCAAAAUUCAGGCAAAGCUGUUGUCAUGAAACAAACAUUGAUGUUGGAAAUUACUCAGUUUGGCUGGUGGGCCGCAGCUGUUGAAUGGACCGAGACUAGCUGUACAUCAGUAGUUGUCAGUAGAACUUCAUCACACGAGAGCUCACCGACUCCGUUAACUAACAGUGUCAUUUCUUUGUCUGGUGUAGACUACACUUAUUUCAGUGUUAGAGGAACUGAUGCUGCUGGAGUUGCUUGCAUGGAGCAGAAAAGAGAUAGUUUGAGUGUUGUCCAAGUUGAAAAUAAGCAAUUUGGUGUCAGCAGUGGACCUAUUUUUGUAACGAGUCUGAAUCAUAGUCAAUGUGAUGAAGGAAGAUGGUUGAAUAGCAGAAUCUUACACUUGAAUUGCACCAAACUUGAAAUUUUAUUUGCUAGUUGUGGCUCUCUUCCAAGUCCAAAUAAUGGUAGUGUAAUUCAACCUUCUGUGGUGUCUGUGCUAGGAGGUGUGCACCGACCUGCCAUUACAUCAUUUAUGUGUAAUGUGGGAUAUGAGUUAUCAGGAAUUUCAGAGAGAGUGUGUUUGGAAAACGGUUCAUGGAGUGGUUCUCAACCUACAUGCAAACUGGUAGAAUGUGACGAACUUUCUAACCCUUUUAAUGGCAAAAGAUAUGGCGAAAUUCGAAUUUAUGAUUCCACAGUCAUUUUCUCUUGUGAUUUGGGUUAUUUUUUGAAUGGAUCAUCUAAUCGUACAUGCCAAGCCAAUGGCAUAUGGAGUGGACAUGAAACCAUAUGCCAUCCAAAAGAUUGUGGCAAAUUUCCUGAACUGCAGAAUGGUCGAAUAAGAGGAAAUAAAACCAUGUUUCCUAAUGUUCUUACAUUUGUUUGUGAUGAGGGAUAUGAAAUUUCUGGUUCCUCAAUAUCUGAAUGUCAGGCAAAUGGAUUGUGGAGCUCACCUAGUGUACAGUGUAACGCUGUGGAUUGUGGCAAUCUUGAUGACAUUAGAAAUGGCAAGAAGAUUGGAACUACAAGCACUACAUUAGGCUUUGAAAUAAGGUUUGAGUGUAACCCGUGUUAUGAGCUGGAAGGACCAACAACAAGAACAUGCCAGGCUAAUAAGACUUGGAGUGGUACAGAACCUUAUUGUAAUAUAAUUUAUUGCUUUGCACUAGAAGAACCUCAGAACGGAGAAAGAAUGGGAGAUGAAACAAUUUGCUCAGCACGUGUUGAGUUUAAAUGUGAUACAGGGUAUAGACUGAGUGGCUCCAGUAUUCGAACAUGCUUGGAAAACAGAACAUGGAGUGGACAACAGCCAACUUGUGACUUGGUUUACUGUGAAGAACUAUCAUCUCCAAGUGAUGGCAUUAAGCUGGGCAAUGAGACAGUUGUUUUUUCUCAAGUUUUAUUUGGCUGUAACCAUUGCUUUGAGUUGAAAGGACAUAGCAAUCUUACUUGUCGUGAUAAUGGCCAGUGGAGUGCAGACCAACCCACAUGUGAAUUAAUCCAUUGUCCAAACUUACCAAUUCCAGAAAAUGGCAUAAAGAUUAGGAAUGAAACAAGCUGUGGUGUUGUGGAAGAAUUUGUUUGUGAAAGUCGCUAUGAGCUUGUAGGUCCAGCCAAAAGAGUUUGCCUGACAAAUGGUAGUUGGUCUGAUGAGCAGCCAGUAUGCAGAGUUGUUGAUUGUGGUGAUCUUGAUCCUGUGGAGAAUGGUUUGCCUACUAUUGGCAACACUACAACAUUGGGAUCUGUGAAGAAGUUUGAUUGCAAAGAUUGUUUUGAACUUAUUGGCUCUCAAACAGUGACAUGUCUAGUGACAGGGUCUUGGAAUGACUCACCUCCUACAUGCAAUCUUAUUAUGUGUCCACCAUUGUUUGAUCAUGUGAAUGGCAUCACAAAUGGAACAUCAACUCAUUGUGAUUCGACUAUUACAUUUAGUUGUUUUGCUGGAUAUAAAUUGAUCGGCAAUAGCAACAUCUCAUGCUUGCGGAGUGGCCAGUGGUCUGGCUCUCAGCCACAGUGCAUAGAGGUGAAUGAAUGUAUCUCAUCUCCGUGUCAGAAUAGAGCGACAUGUAUUGAUGAAGUUGAUGGCUACAGGUGUUUCUGUUCUGCUGGAUAUCACGGAAUUCUGUGUGAAACACCUACUGUUGAUGGUUCAUGUGCUGUGGAAGAUUGCCAUGCAUUUGUUAAAGUUUCAAAUUUGGGUUUCUUUUGUGGUGGAACUUCGUACAUUGAAGAAUUUAUGUUUCCACUGUGCAAGUUUAUUGCUAAUCCGGGUACUAGCAGACCAGCUAGAGAUUGGGCAAGUAGCACAUGGAAUUGUUUGGUGAGAGUUGCUGCACAAGAACUUGACGUUGUGUAUGGUGGGUAUCAGCCAGACGAACCCUUGUUUUGGGAAUGUCAAGCAUUUGAAAGACAGCUGUUUGCCACUCAGCAGAGUUGUAUUAAAGAAGCCUUAUGUCACACUUUAUUCACUGUAGAUGAUGCUUAUAGCAUAGCUGAUGUGAUGGAAUCAUCAGCAUUUUAUCGUGAUCAGAAUGUAGAGCAGACGUUGUCUUUACUGACUGAUUGUGGGCAAGACAAUAGCAAUUUGGCUUCAUUGAGAGAUGAGAUGUUGAGAAGAGGGUUUGUACUCUGUUUUACUGGUGAAAGUGAAGAAGCUAAAGCAGAAACUGUGCAACAGGCAUUGCAGUUGAUUGAUUCUGCUACUGACGGUGGUGGUGUGAUUCAAGAGCUACAAAGUGUUACCGAUUUGUGUACUUCAUCCAGAAGCGAGUCUGGACUGACUGUAGCUUUGUUAAGCAAUGGAACAGGUGCAGUGAGUCAGAAAAGUUUCUGUGAUAGUCUGUCUUCUACGUUUACUUCUGCGACUCUGCUAUGUCCUCAGUGUGGCAAUGGUGUGUUGGAACUACCAGCAGAAGCAUGUGAUGAUGGAAAUAAAGGAAAUAGGGAUGGCUGCUCAUCUGUGUGUGUUAUUGAAAGUGGAUUUUUCUGUAAUACAAUACCCUGGCUUACCACUAGUUGUAGACAUUUUGACAUUGACUUGAACAAGUUUGAUAACGCAACUAGGAACAGAUCCGUUGUCAUCUUCUAUGGUGAUGAGGUUGUAUUUAUAGCUGAUAAUGAAACCUUGGAUGCAAGUGAUUAUGGAAAUGAUGAUUGGGAGAGGAUCAAACUUACUUUGGAAUGGGCAGCUGAUGUUCGGGAAGAGAAACUUGCUUAUUUGUCAUCUCUUGACAGAGCAGUUUCUGCAGGUAGACUUACUGUUAUGGAGAAGGAUGCUCUUUUCACUUCUGCAGUGGAGAGAAAUGACACAUUGAAUUCACGAGUGAGAUUAGAUAUUAUUCGAAAAUCAGGUGAACAGCUUAAUUUGACUCACGUCUUACUGGCUUUGUCCUACCAAAACAAAGGGCAGGCAGAUCACAUUCCAAGAUUGAUGUUGAUUGAGGUAUUAGACUUGAAUGGCAUUUCUGCUUCACCAGUUGGAUUUACUGUGACCUAUGUUGGUCUUAAUGCCAAUCCACCUGUUAUUGACAUUAAAGAAAAUAGACCAAGGUUUAUAGCAGGUAGCAGUGACUUGCUGCGUGUUACUGGUGCCAGUUUGAAUGUGUCUGACUCUGACCAUGAAUAUUAUCCUAUGCAAUGGGGUAGGGUUACAAUUGUUGAAGCAGGUACUGAGGAGCGUCUCUACCUUGCAGAUGAAAUAUCACCAAUCACAGUUCUGAUAAAACGAAAUGGUACUGUCAUUGAGCUGGAAGGUUCUGCCUCUACUGAAGUUUAUACUGAUGUUUUAAACAAUGUGUUCUAUUUUAACUGGGAGAUCAAUAAAACAGAAGCUACAGAAACAAUCAUUAAAUUUGAAGUGUCUGAUGGUGUCCAUGUUAGCUUUUCCGUUGUGCGAAUUUCAUUUUGUUUGCAUGAUGCGUAA